AUGAGUUACCGCGCAUACGCAGACACCGGCUAUCCCAACGACUAUGAGCCGGAUGCCACAUAUGAUACCCUUGGAACAAAUUAUGAUUCUACCGGUACAACAUACGAUCUCACAGGCUAUGGUGCCUAUGGAAAUCCAGCAUACGCCGCAACUGGGUAUGCAUCGGUGGACUACGACGCCGAUGGCAGCGGUCUAACCUACGAUACCGAUGCGUAUGAUACAGGAUAUGGCACAACAUCCUACGAUCCCAGCACUGGAGCUUACGACCAACAUCUUGAUUACCGAACUGGUGAUUCCCGACGACAUCACCGUGAGCGACUUGACUCCAGCGGAACUUAUCGUCAUCGCGAUGUUGACCGCCGCGACGAUGGAACUACCCAUGUCCAUCGAGAGUAUAACAACCCCAAUACCGGCACCAACUAUCACCGCGAUUACGAGCGGUAA